UUUUUUUUUUCUUUUUUUUUUUCCUUUUUAUAUAAAUAUAUAUAAACAUAUAUAAACAUUCUAUUUCAUGUCUGUUUUAUUAUUCAUUUUAAAGUUAUGCUUUUUAUUGAUUUUAGUCGAAUGUUAUGUGUUGCCUAGAAGCAAAAGUCAAGAUAGAGUGGCUCAUUUUAAGACCAUCAUUGCUUUUGGAGACUCGUAUACUGAUAAUGAAUCUUUAGCAGGAUUAUAUGCAGAUCCGAAAAGUAAAAUUGAUGAGAGCAGCCUACAUCCUCAAACUACUAAGUUGAUUAGAAGGGCUUCUAAUGGACCUCUAUGGAUUGAAUAUUUAUCAAUGGAUAUGAAUGAUGCAGCACUCUAUGAUUUUGCAAGAUCUGGAGCGGCUGUUAACAAUACUUUAACUCCUCGUCUAACACAAGACAUAAACAGCCAAGUGAAAUAUUAUCUCAAUAGUACUAUUUCAAUAUCAAAGAAUGAUUCUAUUUACUUUUUAUGGUCAGGUGUAAAUGAUAUAAAUGACAUUUUUAUAAAAUAUAAAACAGAUAGUCAAGCACGAAGAAAUAUAUUAGAUGGCGUUAUUAAAUCAAUUACAUUUGGCAUGGAUCAAUUAUAUAAUAUUGCUGGUGCAAAAUAUGUCAUGUUACUUGGUUUAAUUCCUUUAGAAGAAUUACCCUUGUAUCAUAAUGUCACUCAAGAAAUAAGAACAGAAUUAAAAUAUCUUGUAGAUGACUAUAAUUUCCGACUUGCUAAUAUCAUUUCGACAGGACAUUCUUCAGCCUACUUUUUUGAUAUAUAUAAACUCUUUAAAGAAUCAUUUUCUAAAGAACGAUUACAAUUUAAUUCUGAAUUUUACUGUCACUCAGCCAUUCAGUGUGGAGAUUACAUUUGGUGGGAUAAAUUACAUCCUACUACAUAUACUCAUUCUCUAAUUGCGAAAGCUAUUCAUGAUACUCUGCUUCAGUUUGGCUGGUAGCAGUAGCAGCAGCAGC